AAGAAGGGUAAGGGGGACGAGAAGGAGAGAGGGCUCCCAAUCCUGCAGCUUCCAUGUGGCCCCCAGCCGACCCCGAGCCCGCCGGCGCCCCGGAUGGCCCCCAAACCCAGAGCCUGAGAGCUCUGCUCCCUACGCGGGAGUUCUUGUGCUCCCGUAAGGGCCGGCUUCUGCUGGGAGAAUCGGUCCUCUCUUUCAUCAUCUUUAUCUGCUACAUCGCGUCCACGGCAGCGUCCUUCCUGACCGUGCCCCUCCUGAAAUUCCUGCUGGCCCUCUGCUUCUUCUUCGGCUACUUCAUGAAGAUCAACGAGAAGUUCCCAGGGAUCUGUUGGCCCCUCUCGGACUUCCUUCGAUGUGUCACAGCUGCCAUCAUCUACUUUGCCAUAUCCAUCACUGCCAUUUCCAAAUAUUCAGAUGGGGCUGCCAAAGCAGCUGGGGUCUUUGGCUUCAUUGCCACAAUCGUGUACGCCUUGGAUUUCUACAUCAUCUUUAACGAUCUAUCCAAAUUUCUUAAACAAGGAAAUUCUGCCAGUGACCCAGAAGCUGAAAAAUCAGAAGAGGAAGACUCCAAUUCUGAUUCUGACUGAUGACUGGCCGGUUGGAUGAUAUUACUGUGCAAGCCACAGAGGGAAUCUCAGUGGGUGCUUUAAUUUUUUAGCCUCAAAGUACACUGCCAGCUGGGAAUGAGGCUUUUCCUCUUACGCUGGACGUUGCCUCUCAUUCCUUCUACAUUACUGUUUGUUUCCUAGCUGGCUGUGGCUGCAGAGAACAACACAGCUCUUAACUCUCAUCCUUCUCCACUCUGUCCUCUACAGAAAUCCUAAGCGGUUGUUGCAGUCUGCACACCUUCCCCAUGAUCAAAUGUCUUUUCCAUAUCAGAUUUCCUUGCCAGCCUUUGGUUAGUGAAGUUAACUCAACAAUCCCAAGAUUUAAACUUAUAAUAAUGGAGAACUUACUUAACACAAAUGUCUCUCCCAAACCAAUGAGCCAGUUAGACUUCUGUGUCAGAGGUGAAUGCAAUGCAAUGGAGGCCUUAAGUCUUUGAGGUGCCGCAAUGCGAUCUAAGUCUUGCUACCUCGGUUUUUACCACACAUUAUAUAUGAUAGUAUCUAUAGGGGAAAAAGUAUCCUUGUACCCCUUGUGGCUUGACUGUCUCCAGGAAUCUUUAUUGCAACACAUGCAACCUUGCUCCUCAAAAGAUUAAUAUUUACAAGAAGAGUUCCAUUUUCUGCUAUCAAAAAACUCUUACCUCCUAUUGUCCCCUUGAGACAGAGGAGGAAAACUGAGGCUUAGGGCGCUUACCCAAGAUCACAAGGGGAGUCACUUUACAGAGUAUCUAUCUCUUUUUUUCUUUUUUCCCCCUGAGGCACUUGGGGUUAAGUGACUUGCCCAGAGUCACACAGCCAGGAAGUGCUAAGUGUCUAAGGCCAGAUUUGAACUCAGGUCUUCCUAACUUUAGGGCACCACCUCACUACCCCAUGGAGUCACAUUUGUUAAAAGAUUUUUUUUUUAGAUGCCCAUCUGCCUUUUAGACUUGCUCAAUCACAAUCGACAAAACUUAACUUUUCAAUGCCUCCAAGCAACUCUAAGACUCUAUGUUGCUAAUGAAUUAUUAAUCUGCUUCAGUGGACAACUCCCACCAAGUGAGAGGCACACACUUAAUUAAGUCACAGGUUUAUUUUUCACUCUGACAUAGCAAUCAAGAACUAUUAUAAAGCACCUACAGUGUAUCCCAAACUGCUACAUGGAUAGACCUCUCUCUGUCUCUGUGUGUAUCUGGCUCUCUCUCUCUUUCUCUCUCUCUCUCCUCCUCCUCUCUCUCACUUUCUCUUUCUCUCUCUCUCUCUCUCUCUCUCUCUCUCUCUCUCUCUCUCUCUCUCUCUCUUUCUCCAUCUCUGUCUCUUUCACUUUCUCUGUCUCUGUCUCUCUCUCUCUCUCUGUCUCUCCCCCACCAUGAGAACACAUCGCAUGUGUACGCACACACGCACACAUGCACGCACACACACAGACACAGCUUUGAAGCAAUACCCACUUGAGGCAUUUGACAUUCUGAAUAAUAGUUGUCCAAGAAUCUAUUACUAGACAGUUGCUUCUUUUCUUCUUGGUCUCGGUACAUAAGGACAAUUCUGACAUCUUUCAUUUAAAACAGUAAAUACUCAUCACUCCAUUGGGACCUGAAUGAAUACACCUAAUUCCAGAUGUGAGGGUAACUAGGAUGUAGUUCUAAUAGACUAACCUAGAGAAGUGAGCAAUCCCCCUUUGAGAGGAAAGGACAGCAUUCAGCCUUGUAUAAAACAGAUGACCCAAAUAUCAAAGACUUUUCAGAGCAGGAAGGGCCUUCAGAGACAAGGUGAUGAUAAAAUCUACCAGCAGUUUGCAUUUCUUUAAGACUCUAAGGUCUUUCUCCCAACAGCCCAGGGAAUGAGGUGAUAACAAGUAUAUAUUAUCCCCAUUUGACAGAUAAAGAAACAAACUCAGGGGAAAGAAAAUCAGCAACAGAGUCACACGAUGGCUGUUGGUAGCCAAACCCUUGUACCCUUGUUCCAAAUGGGUGCUUGCUAGCAGGCUAGGGGCACUCAGGGGCAUUCAGAGAAGACCAAAGUACUGUGGAAGCUACAACAUAGCCAAUAACCUUCUCCAAGGAUGAGAAGGACUGUCUUUAAGCAUUUCAGGAAACUGUGAUAUUGUAUGUAUCUCUCUCAAACAAGAUGUAAUCUUUCAAUACAUUUUAUAUAAAAUUUAAACCUAAAAGCUUUGCAAUUAAUAUGAAUGUUUAAGUGCCUCUGAUUUAUAAAAUUUUUCACUUGUUAAUAUACUGCAUGUCAGUCCAUGAAAAGUCAAGAUAGAUUAAACUAUAGUGAUUACUUGGU